AUGGACACCACACAUAGCGAUACCUUCAACAAUAAUAAUGUUCUUGUGGAGAGAGAAAGCGAGGGAAGAUUGAAUCUUAAGAAACGUCAUGAAAAUGACGCUGAUGAGGUUGAAAAUCUUGAAUUGCGGAUCAAAGAGCUCACAGAACAAAAUAUGAGACUAAGAGAUAAAGUGGUAGAGGCACGAGAAACAGGCAAAAGAUACCAAGAGGAAUUACUUAAAAGCCAAAAGAGAUGUACAGAAAUUGAGAGCUGGUAUAACGGAAAUCAGGACAGCAUCAUAUACAAACUUCAGGAGGAAAAGGAGGAGUUGGAUAAAGAGGUACAACAGCUAAAGAAAGACCUCCUAAGUCUAAACAUACCUAAUGGUAACCAGGACGCUGAAACUUCAGAGUUAGGGAUGGAACUCUCACGAAACAAACAAGAACUUGAAGUAUGUAAGGAGUCUAUGAUGAUGCUGCAUGAAGAGAACGAAUCGUUAAAACACGAUUUACUUAUGGUUUCGAAUAAAAUGGCCACAAUACGGGUGAAAACCGAAUUUGAAGAAAUGCAAAGAAACGAGCACGAAAACUUCUCUCUAUUGCAUGACCUAGAUGCUAUCCGUGAUCAGCUCCAAAUGUACCGCGAAAACUGUACUGGAUUAGAAAACGAGGUAAAGAUAUACAAUGAAAAGCUGGAUAUUUGUAAUGAGGAAUUAACAGCAACCAGAAAAGAACUAGUGGAGUUGAAAAAAAGCGAUGAUAUUUUACACAAUGACAAGGCGAAACUUGAGAAAUCCUUAUCCGACUCAAGAAUGAAGCUGAGCAACUCCGAAGGAGAGCUGAAAGAUUUAAAAGCUGAAAACCUUUACUCUAAGCUGCGCAUUCAAGAGUUAGAAGACGAGAUUCUCCAGCUUUCAAAGAAGACGGACAAGACAGGCCUUGAUCUCCUCGAAAAUGAAAAUUUCAAAGUAGAAUCGAAAGCCACACCAAAAGAAAUUGAUUUUGACCAACAUAUUCGGGACCUAGAGUCAGGAAUAUCGUUAAUAAGUCAAAGGCUUUCUGAAUCUGAGACAGAGCUAUGUCGGAGCCAAUCGCAGGUGGAAGAGCUAAAUCUACAAUUGAAGGAAUCUCUCGAUAAAAUAGCAGAACUAGAGUCACGACCCGGAAAUGAGGUGAAGGAACACAAACCAGAUCCUGAUUCCCUUCUCCAACAAGCAAAAAGGCAGACGACUGAGAUUCGUUUUACACUUCAGAGAAAAGAAAAAGAAAACAAAGACCUCGAGAUGAAGCUUAAGGAAACCCGCGAGGAGAUGCACAAAAUGGAAAUCCAUGGAAACGUUUACGAGGCGGAAAUAUUUCAACUAAGAGAAAACCUUGAGAGGGAAAAAGAGCAAUGUUCUAUUCUGCACGAGGAGUACCAAGCCUUGCAGCAAUGGAUUUCAGAGCAAAGAAAAAGUGAAGGGGAACAUAAAAAAGAACUUGAAAAGAAGGAUUCAAUUAUUGCUGAGCUUAAAGUCAUGGCCGCAGGCAUGGAAUUGAAAUACCACGAACUUAAUGAAAAACACGCUGCGAUUCAGGAGCUGCAAGAGCGGUACGAAAAAGAAAACCAGGAAAUUGAAGAUGACCUCUUGCAGACUCAAAAAGACAUGGCAGACAUGCAAGUGAAUUUCAAGCUGUCCGAGAACGAAAAAGAGGAUUUGAUCCAACAAUUUCAAACUGCAAAAAAAUCCAUCGCUGACCUGCAGUCUAAGGUCGAAUUGGCUGAGCAAGGCUUAAAGGAGAAGCAACAUGAGCUUGUUUUGACGAAACAACGACUGGCAAGAAUGGAAGAGGAGCUAGAAGAGACAUCCAAGAAUAAAUCAGAGCUAGAACUUCAGCUUUACGAAAGUAAUACCAAUGCCAGGAGGAAAGGUGAAGGGGACAUCAAUCUAGAGAAACAGUUGGAAGACCUUCAAAGAGAAAACGAAGGACUUCGGUACCAAAUUGCGGAAAACGAGCUUUUCGUGGAGGGACUUAAGGAUAAAAUAAGCUCCUUAGAGACUGAUUUGGCCACUCUACGAACUGACAUGUCAUAUACGGACUCCUUACAUGACACUGAAGCAGAAGAACUUACGAGACUAACCUUGAAACUGGAAAGCAGCGACGAAGAAAUUAGGCGUUUGGCAGAAUUGUGUGAAAACACAAUUCAAGAGAAAGCCAACCUUGAGAUCGACCUGUCGGUGGCCAAAAAGAAAAUUGAGACGAUGGAAUCCUUCAUCAGAGAAAAAGAAAACAAAGAAAGCAAUCUUGUGAGAACUCUCCAAGAAGAUCGUAGCAAAUUUCUUUACAAAGAGACAGACGUUGCUUCAUAUCGCUCAAAAAUUGCUUCAUUAGAGUUGCAAAAUGAGAAUCUCUUCAAAGAGAAGGAGGCACUCCGCAGCAAGGUUGAAGCGCUUGAAGAAAAAGCUUCUGCGAUUAAACAACAGCUGGAGGAAGUUCUGACCUCAAGAGAUCAAACUAUCCGACGGCGGAUGGAACUAGAAGAAAAAGUUAUUGAAAUACAACAGGAUCUCGAUGAAUCUGGUAAGACAAAAACACAACGAGAGGAGGAACUUCAGGAUUUGUGGAGCAAAAUCGUGAAGUACGAAGUUCAGAUCGAAUCUUUGAAAAGGCAGAAUGAAGAACUUCAAGAAAAAACAGUUGAGGCUAAUAUUCAGGUUGUUAAUCAAAGAGAAGAGCUGAUGAAAUUGGAAAUCAUAGCAACCGAGCACGAGAGGCUGUUAGAGUCUACAAAAUCUAAUUUAGAGCAAAAGACAAAAGAGUGUGAAGACUGUCAAGGCACGAUGAAAGGUUUGCAAGCCGACUUGAAUAAAGUAAAAAACGAACUGAUCACAAGCAAAAUAUCUCACGAAUUUGCUUUGGACGAGAAUAGCAGGCUUAAUAGAAAGAUCCAAGAGCAAGAGACGAAACUGGGUCUUUUUGAACAAGACGUUUCUGAUGCAAAUGAGGAAAACAAGCGCGUGAACAUCGAUCUGGGAUCGCAAACAGCAAAAGCCAACAGUCUUCAUCUCCAGUUAGGAUCCACUGCUCGUGAAAGAGAGCGUCUUAAAGAAGAUUUACAGGCUGCCGAAAGUAAAGUACAGAAACUUCAAGACGAACUUAUGUUUGCGAAUAACAAAGUUCGAGAAAAGGAAAGAAUUGCGGAGAGUUACAGAGUGGAAAUGUGCGAGAAAGACAGCCAUAUUGAACAACUUAAAAACUCAAAGGAUUCAUUGGAAGAGAAAGUACUCGCACUGAAAAAGGAACUGCAAACCACUGCCUUCUAUCACGAAUCCAGCGAGUCUAAGUUAAAGAAUGCUCAAAAUGAAAUUUCGUCACUGAAACUUAAGCUGAGCCAGUAUGAGGCGACUGUUGAUGCUCUUUUGAAAGAACGAGACCAUAAAGACAAGGGACACGAGGACACUUCUCAACAGCAGCAUUUUGAUCUAUUGUUGAAGAAGAGCAAAGAACGGCAAGCCAUUCUUGAAAAGGAAAUAGAAAACAACAAGGCUAAGAUUACAAAGCUUGAACAAGACCUUAAAAUGUCUCGUCAAGAUUGUCUCGACUCUCAAUUUGAGAAUUCGAAAUCCCAACGACUCCUUGAAGACCUUAAGGUAGCACAUGACCUGUGUGACAAAGAGAGACGGAAUUUACGUGAAGAGGUUUUGGAGGUAAACAGAACGUUAUCAGACUUGGAGCUCAAAUGCGAGAAUGAGCAGAGAGACAACAUGGCCUUACAAGCUCAGUUACAAGAGGCGACAAACCGAGGCGAAUUAAACCGAAACGAGAUUCUAAAGCUAAGCAAGCAGUGUGUAGAACAGAAAAUUCAGCUCAAUGCCUUAACCAAGGAGAAAGAACAAAAGAAUAGCCACAUAGAUGAAAUGAAGUCUGCAAAGGCCCAUUUAGAGGAAAAGUCUACAGAGCUAAGACGAAAUCUGACCAGCGCACUCGGUGAGUGUGAGAAGCUUCGAGGAGGUCAUCAACAGCUUCAAGACGAAAUUAUUACCCAGCAGAAGAUUAUCUCAAACCUUAAGGACCGUCUUCAAAAAGUCUCAAAUGGUGAACAAAUUGCUCAUGAGGAACUGAAAGUUAAAACAGCAGAGAUACUUUCAUUGAAUGAAGAGUUAGUGGAAUUAGGCAGCGAAAAAGAUGAUCUUAAGAUCAAAGUGAAAAGGCUGGAGAACAAUCUUUCAAAGCAGCGUGAGGAUCUUUCUAUGGCUGAAAAUCAGAUUGUUGAAAUUCAAAGGGUUUUGUCAGAGUACAAGAAAGAUUUGGGAGGUAAGGAAACUGCAUUAGUAAGUUUGAGAACGGAAAAUGGUGCACUGAAAGAGGAACUGGAUUUGGCAAAAGAUUCACUGAAACGGAUGAAAAUUGAAAUGCAGGCCAUUCAGGAAAAUCAGGUGAUUAUUGAUCAGUCAUCUCCGCUGCAAAGUGGCUUAUACUACAACGAUGAACCAGAGGAUGAUAUCUCGGAGUUGAGCCGAUUAAACGAGAGCUUGAGUGAAGCAGAAGUGAAUUUGCAGAGCAGUAUUGCAAGAGAACACUCCUUACAAGAUCAGGUAGCAAACUUAAAGAUAACCCACUCUCAGCUCGAACAAAGUUUGCAAGCCUUGAAAGAGAGAGAAAAGAUUCUAAUUACAAGGAACGAGGAAUUGUUAGAUGAAGCCGGCAAUGCUAAAACUGAGUGGACAAAAUCUCGCGAAGAAGCGAACCAAGCAAUCAAUAAUCUCGAGAUGAUGCAGGAGAAGCUCGCUCAGCUUGAAGCACAAAAUGGACGAUUGGAGGCUUCGCGAAGUCUUCUCACAAAAGAGUUACGGGAAGAAAGAGGAAAAGUCGGUAGAGCAGAGGACGAGCUUGUUGAGGCACAAUGCAAACUCCAGGAAAUGCAAGCUAUAUGGGACCACAGUGCUAAGGCGGUUGAGGGCAAUGAAACCGUUUUGGAUACAAUUAUGUCCGAAAAGAAAGAUUUGGAAAAGGACAUUCAGACACUGAGAGAUGAGCUUUCCUCUACUCACGCCUUAAUGAAUGCGACUUUAAAGAAGAACAGGGAGCUCGACCAUGAAAAUUUUCAGUUAAAGAAAACUAUAGCAGAAUAUGAAACAAGAGAAGAAGGCAUUGAUGAGGAACAAAGAGUGCUCAGUGAUAGACUAGCACAGCAUCAGAAAGUGAUCAAGGAACUUCAACAGCAAGUUCAGCAGAAACAGAAGGACAUUGCUACCUUGAGAGAGGAGUUAGAGAAUGAACGUCUCAAAGUGGCCGAAGCUAAAGAGGAGUACAACAACGUUUUGAAGAAUUUGUCCCAGUUCAAAGGUGGAAUCGAAGACUACAAGAAAGCAAUGUCGGAAAAGGAUGCCCAAGUGUUACUCUUAGAAAAUCUGAAAAACACUUUGGAAAGCGAACUGAAGAGUGAAGUUUUGAAAACUAAGGAAACCCGAGAGAGGCUCAAAGAAGGGGAAGAGAAACUCAACGGGAUAAUCCGAGAGAAGGACAAUCGGAUCUCCGAGCUUGAGUACAGUAUUUUGAAAAUCAAGGAGAGAAACAAUAAAUUGCAGUCUGAUGUGGCUGACUUAAAACAAAACGCAAAUGAAAAGGAAACCCUCCUCUACAACGCUCAAAAAGAAGUCAAAAGAUUGAACAGCGAGUUUCUCUCUCAAGGAUCGAUUAUUGCGGCACUUCAGACUAAAAAUACCGCUAUUGCAGAGGAAAAACAAAGCCUCAAAAACGAAUUGAAUGACUUGAAAAGAAAUUCUUCAGAACAAAAAGUCCAGUUAGAGGCUUUACGACAUGAGAACGAAAGGUUGCAGAGAAAAUUAAAUGAACUUCAAGUUCCAAAGAGUCCGUCGCUGAAAAAGUCGCAGACACCUAAAAACACAACGGAACCCGAUCUGGUCAGCCAUAAGAAGUUAAUAGAACUUGAAAAUGCAUGUCAGAAUCUUUCGCUUGAAAAAGAGAAUAUCCAAAAUAAGAAUACAAGUUUGGAAGAAAAAAUCUUACAGCUCGAUGAGGAAAUGAACUCUUACAUUGCAAGUAAGGAUUCCUUAGAGAAAGAGAUGGUUUGGAAAGAUAAACGAAUAACUGAGUUGGAACAGUUGUCAAGAAAAGCCGAACACUCCGCCCAACUCGAUCGAAAUGAACUGCAGAUAGUAUCUAAGGCCAUGAAUGAAAUGGAAGUGGAGCUAAAUUCGACUCAAAACGCUCUGAUUGGAUUAGAAGAAUGUAAUUCCACUUACGAAGAGACGAUCAAGCAUUUAGAAGAUCAACUAACUGGGCUACAACAAAAGAACUCUCAGUUGGAAAAAUCUCUGGAAAACAGUCAAAGUAAAUUAAAUUCUCAAAGGAACGAAUUAAUGGAGGCACUCUCGAGAGUUUCUGAUUUGGAGAGCGCAAAAAAAUCAAAGGCAAAUAGUAAUGAUGAGCUUCUUAAAGACUUGCAGUCCUGUAAAAACAAAGUCACAUCGCUUGAAGAAGAACUGUGUGCUUCCGCUAGAGAACAAGCGAAGGCAAAUCUAACAGUCACAGAAAUGAAAGAGAAAAACGCAAAUCUGCAAAAGGACCUGCAACAAAUACAGAGUCAGCUGAGAGAGGAAAAGCACGACCGUGCGACGGAUGGUAAGGAAAUUCGAGAGAAAAAUGAAGUAAUAAAGAAACUGCAGAGAGAAAAUCGUGAGCUUGAAAACGAAAUUAUAAAAGCGUCCAAAGAAUUGAAUGUCAAGGCAGGUGAAUGUCUCAUUAUGAUGAACAAGCAGGAAGAAAUAGAAGAGGAACUAGGUGCUUUGAGAAAGCAAAUACGAGAGCUCGAGUCCAGCCUAUUAAAAGAGAAAGGAGAAAAUGAGAAGCUGAGGCUGGAGAUGUCUGCCACUCGUCAACUCUACAGCGAUCUAAAGAUUGCCUACGACAACCUUCUUGAAGAAAUAAACAGCUCCCAAGAACAAAUGGAAGACAAGGAAUUCAAAAAAUCUGCUGAGCUUAAAAAAUCAUCAAUAGAAAAAGACCAACUGAACAAAGAGAUUCAGCUAUUAAACAAAAGGGUGGCCAUGUUCAAAGAAAACAACGAGAAAAUUCAGCAAGAAAAGAGAGAAUUGGAAAAGAAGGUAAAGACAAUGCAGCAACGACUCUUAAUUUUGGAAGCGGACGAAAAGACUGUUGAUACCAUAAAAGCGCUGCAAAUAGAGCUCGAGGAAAGUAAACAAAAGAUUGAUGACCUGAACGCGAUGUACGGGGCCGUGAGGCUGGAGCGAGACAACCUUCGUGCAGAGAAUAUAAAGCCAACCUCACCGAGAGGGUUUGCAAGAUACCAGCCAAAAACAAGGGAAACCAGUGCUUAUUUAGAAAGUUUGACAAAAAAGACUAAACUUCAUGAGCAGGUAACCGCUAAAAAGGACAUGCUAGAGGCGCAAGCAAAAGCAAUGUUACUUGAUGAGAAACUGAGAGAAGCACGGGAGCGGCUCGAAGGAUUAAAAACUCUUCCGCCAAAGAGUGACGAGAGCAUGUCUGAGAGCACAGAGAGUGGCUCUGACGAACCCUCUGAGGAAGAUGAAACACAAAAAACAGGGCAAUGCAGUUCUGUUGUGGAUGGCUCUUCACAGGAGUCAGACUCAUAA